AUGGUUCACCUCCCACAGCCAUCAACAUUGGCGCCACACAAUGAUUUCGUCAACGAGCUAGCCGAACAGGUCGCGGCAUUUCACGCAUCCAAAACACCUUUUCGGAUCUAUCAUGGCAACACCAACUCUACUCGCGUUUCAACGAAAACCUCGAAAACCUCGUUGGACGUCUCGACAUUGUCGCAUGUGAUCAGAGUCUUCCCCAAUACCAAGACAUGUCUCUGCGAGCCGAAUGUGUCGAUGGAGUCACUGCUCUUCAGCACAAUGCAGCACAAGCUCAUGCCGCCCGUUGUUCCCGAGUUUAGAGGCAUCACUGUUGGCGGAGCUUUUGCCGGAACGGCAGGAGAAAGCAGCAGCUUCAAGUACGGCUUCUUUGAUCGCUGUGUCACCUGGGUCGAGAUGAUCCUCGCAGACGGCACCAUCGUCAACGCAUCGCCUACCGAACGACCCGACCUUUUCUACGGCAGCGCCGGCACAUUCGGCACCCUCGGCGUUGUUACACUCCUCGAAGUCAGGCUCAUCGAGGCUCAACGCUACAUGACACUCGACUAUCACCCAGUCGACUCCAUCUCCGCCGCGAUUAAGACCACCUCCGAACUUAUGGAAGCCGACAAGUCCGGUACAAGCCCAAUCGCCUUCCUCGACGGCAUCAUGUUCUCGCCCACGUCCGGAGUCAUCAUGUCAGGCACCUUCCGCCCGGACCCCUCAUCAGAGCAGAAAGUCACGACCUUCUACGCCGCCUCGGACCCCUGGUUCUAUCUCCACGCACAAUCUCGUGCCGCAAAUCCCGAGUCAGACACCAUCCCACUCACCUCCUACAUCUUUCGCUACGACCGUGGUGCCUUCUGGACCGGCCGACACGCCUUCACCUACUUCAUGACGCCCUUCAAUUGGGUCACACGCUACCUCCUUGACGACUUCAUGAACACUCGCAUCAUGUACCACGCCCUUCACCGUUCAGGCCUCACCAAUCAAUUCAUCAUCCAAGACAUGGCCACCCCGGCCUCCCGCAUGGAAGUAUUCAGCGACUGGCUUGACUCCCCCGAAGGCGGCUGCAACGAGAUCUAUCCACGCUGGCUCUGCCCCUUGAAGGCAGGCGAGACGAUCAGCAUGUCUCCGCACUUCGACUCCCAGAAGCCUGCCGCCAGCGGCAAAUUAUCCUCCGGCGGCGACGACUUCCUCCUGAACAUCGGUCUCUGGGGCCCGCUCCCACCCUCCGCAGCGAGCAACCAGCUAACGAUUAAUCGUGCCAUCGAAGCCAAGCUCGCGAGCCUGGAAGGCAUGAAGUGGCUGUACGCGCAGACGUUCUACACAGAGCAGGAAUUCUGGCGGAUCUAUGAUCGGAAGUGGUACGAUGAAUUGAGGGUCAAGUAUAACGCGCAGACCCUGCCGGAUGUGUAUCAGAAGGUUGGGCCGCGAGCAGAGGUGUUGGAUCGAUUGGCUGGUGGAGGCGCGCAGAUGGGGUGGUACGAGUGGGUGUGGGAGACGGUGUGGCCGUUGAAGGGAAUUUAUGGGGUGUUGAGCGCGGUCAAGGGGGGGGACUAUCUGAGGAAACGUGGGUAG